CCGGAAAGGUGGCGGCGCCCGUGUUGGGUCUGGCACGUGUAUCCGCGGAGAGGACCCAGCCUGACGUGACCCCGUCUUUGGUGAUGGCUCACGGACAUUGAUUCGUCUCACCAUGAGUAUCACCCGAGAGGUCAAGAGUCGUGGGAUGAAGUUUGCCGAGGAGCAGCUGCUAAAGCAUGGAUGGACUCAAGGCAAAGGUCUGGGCCGGAAGGAGAAUGGAAUCACCCAGGCCCUCAGGGUGACACUGAAACAGGACACUCAUGGGGUGGGACACGACCCUGCCAAGGAGUUCACAAACCACUGGUGGAAUGAGCUCUUCAACAAGACUGCUGCCAGCUUAGUAGUGGAAACAAAUCAGGAUGGAGUACAGAUACGGCAUCUUUCUACGGAGAACCCCCGUCACAAUCAGCCCAAGCCCAACUUGCUGUAUCAGAAGUUUGUGAAGAUGGCCACACUGACUUCAGGUGGAGAGAAGCCAGACAAGGACUUGGAGAACAGUGAUGAUGAUAACCAGGAGUCCCCGCCACCAAAGAUUCUGACGGAUGAGAUGCUGCUCCAGGCCUGUGAGGGGCGAACAGCACACAAGGCUGCUCGUCUUGGAAUCACAAUGAAGGCUAAGCUUGCUCGGUUAGAGGCCCAGGAGCAGGCCUUCCUGGCUCGCCUCAAAGGCCAGGACCCUGGGACACCUCAACUGCAGGCUGAGAGCAAGCCCCCCAAAAAAAAGAAAAAGAAAAGGAAGCAGAAAGAGGAGGAAGAGGCUACAGCAGCUGAAAGAAAUGCAGAGGAGGACUGCCCAGAACAUACUGAACAGGGCAUCAGGAAGAAGAAGAAAAAACGACAUAAAGAAAAGGUCACAGAUGAAAGCGAGGGAGCAGCUGUAAGGAAUGAGGAGGAAGAGGCUACAGGAAUAGAGGACCUUGGGGAACUGAAGAGCAGAGAACAAACUACGCAGUUUUGCAGGAAAAGGAAGAAGAAGCCACACCAUGGAGCAGAGAUAGAGGUCUCAGACAAAAGAAGAGGUGAAGGGUCAGCAGGUGGGGUCAGGUCGGAGGACAUGGAGAGCAGAGCAUGCACGGGCCCACACAGCAGAAAGAGGCGGCGGCAUGCUGAAGAGAGGGGGGACUUGGGCGUAGAGGAGGAUGCUGAGGAGGCAGUUGUAGACGGUGGGACCAGGAAAGCAGAAGGUAAAGAAUGUGGUAAUAGAAAAAGCAGAAGCAAGAAGAAAAGACAGUGGCACCAAGAAGAGGUCUGGAGCGGAAGAGAUGACAGCGAGGGCAGAAGGACUGAGGGUGCAGAGAGCAGAGCACAUGAUGGCUUAAGUGGCCAAAGUAAGAAGAGGAAAUGGCAGCAACCAGAGGAGGAGGAGGAAAGAGCUAGAGCCAGCUCAGAUCAGAGAACCAAAAAGAAGAAACAAAAGAAGAAAGACUGAAGAUCAGGACAGUGUGGGGCUCCACUCCUUUUCAGGAGUUGAAGCCUCAGAGAGACAGGCCUGUAGGUCCCGUCCCGUGAGGCAUCCCUUCACGGGGGAGCCGCUCCGGGACUUUAAAGAAAAAUGUAGACUUAUGUGAAAGCACUGUGACGUGUUGUGAAGACUAGAAAAACAUACAAGUGUAGGUCAUGAGCCAAAUUCCAUUUAAGCUUGCUAGGUUCUAACACUGUCCUGUGGUUGAACAAAUGCUGGCGUAGGCUCCCGGCCUAUGUGGGGUCCUGACAUCUUCCCAGACUGAGGGUCCUGAGUACCAACUCAGCGUUUGCUUUAUAUCUUUGAAGAGAACUUCUGAGACCCUUGAGUCUAGCCACAC